AUGUGCGGCGCCGUGCCGGCGCUUGGCCCCACCGUGCGGCAUGCGGCUGGCUGCCUGCUGUGUCUGCUGCUUUGCACCCGCGGUGCACCGCUGACGCCGAUGCUGGCCAUCGUCCCGCUGCUCAGUGCCACACACCAGGAGAUACUUCUGGACGCCGCGCUCGCCCAGCUUGCGCUCGUGGGUGGCGAUGAUGCGCUGAACGACGCAGACGCGGCCGUGGUGCUUGACAUCGCCGCUUCAACCACCUGCGUCAAGGACGCGUCGAGGGUAGAGUCGUUGCUUCUAGCGAUGCUUGCCCGCCACUGCCCGUGCGUUGGCUCGUUGGGAGGUCUGCGCCUCGCCCUGGGGGCGUCUUGCGGUGUCGCAGCCGUUGGCAUGGUUCUUCGGAGCCUCCGUGUCGACGCGCUGGUAGCGAGCCUCGAGCCCACUGCAGCGACCGUGGCGUACGUGCAGCGUCUCACGUUGGAGGAGCGGCGCAGCCUUGCCUUGUCCAGUGCGUGUGGUUUUCUUCUGGUAGAGCUGACUUCCACCAGCACCGCCGUGGAUGGCGAACAGCAGGAGUUGCAGCUGAUUGCAGGGGCAAGUGUCACUGCGGCUGCGGUGUCGCGCUUGGCAGAGGCCCUUGCGGAGACUUCGAACCCUCUGAGGCUGGUGCAGCGCGUGUUUCCACAUAUGCACCAGUCUGUGCAGGUGUGCGGCAUUAUUAUUGUGCUGUGCACCUCGGUUCGGUCACGUGAGUUGCAGCGGAAGUGGAUGCCGUGUGUGGAGCACGCCCUACUGAGUGUCAUCCACGCUGAGACGCUGCAGCGUGAAGGGCAGAGUGCUUGUGUGCAGGAGCGUGUAACGCUUUUUAUUCGCGGCUUACUGCUGCUACUACUGGUUGUCGCCACACCGGAGGCGGUGCGCUCUCAGCACCCGGGUGUCUGCGCUGCACUGACGCAGCGGCUGUUGCAGCAGCAUGCUGGGGAGUUGAAGAGUGUUAUUCAGUCGCUGCGCGAGGAGGAGGCGACUGCGCUGCGCCAACUAAUGCAGCUGCUGAGCAGUGGUGCUGGUGCAGCUCAGCACGCGUCGGCUGAUGGGGCUGAGGUGCAGCGACAGAGGCUGGGGGCGGCGGCGGCUUCGGUCCCGCAGCGCCUCACCAUAAAUGUGGCGUCAUACUCCCAAUAG